UAAAUGCACAUUGUGUAAUGGAGGACUCGAUUGAGAUGAUUCUACAGGAGCACUGUGGGGUCUUCCCCACCAACAGACCCCAUCCUGUCCUGUCGGCGUGCACAGCAGCUCUGCUCACCGGCCUGUACGGAGUGUGGAGCAUGUUCACUGUGCCCGGCUUCCGCAAAAUCCCCUGGAGCCUCAAGGUCCCAUAUUUGCCCUCCAGCAGAGAUCAGACGCAAAACGUCAUGAAGCUGCUUCAAGGGCGAAGAGGUCACCUAGCAGAUCUGGGAUCUGGAGAUGGACGACUGGUGUUUGCUGCCUCCACUGCUGGGUUUCAGUGCACAGGGUUUGAGAUCAACUCCAUUUUAGUGGCAUAUGCCAGGAGCAAGGCCUGCUGGAACGGAGUCCCCUCCAGACAGGCAACAUUUGUUAAAAAGGACUUCUGGAAGACUGAUUUGUCUUCCUACAACAAUGUGACGGCGUUUCUUGCUCCGGGAGUGAUGGAGUUGCUGGGAGAGAAGCUUUUAAAGGAGCUUCCCGAGGGAGCGCUCGUCAUCGCCUGUCGAUUCCCUUUCUCUGACUGGCCCCAAAAGUCCUGCGUUGGCUCAGGACUCGAUCAGACUUUUGCGUAUGACAUCAGCAGCGUGCGCACACAUCUGAGAACGGCAGCAAAGUAAGUCCGAAGUGUUGUCAGGGCGGUUAUCCUCACUGCGCUGUUCUCUUUUUGUCAAGGACGAAAAUGGUUUAAUGAUCGUAUCAUUUAAAGACAAAAUGAUCCUGUUGAAAGAUUUCUUCGAAC